GCUUUCAGCAACGACCGGGCGAAGCGCGCGAGACAGGACGAACCUUCCGAGUGUCGGUGCGCUUGACAGGCUGCUGAAUUUGAUCCAUCAUGGCUGAUCCCAGUAAAAAACGGCGAAUCAGUCACAUUAACAGCUUCUCAAAAACUGCUGGUACCAGCUUAGAGAACAUAUUAACAGGUCGUCAGCCUGAUGAAGCCAGAGGAGAGGUUCGCUUUAUGGAGGGUUCCAUACUUCGCAUUACCAUGAAAAACUUCCUGACCUAUGACUACUCUGUGGUGUAUCCUGGACCUAAUCUCAACAUGAUUGUUGGAGCCAAUGGCACUGGCAAGUCAAGCAUUGUGUGUGCCAUCUGUCUUGGUCUGGCUGGAAAGACUGCGAUCUUGGGCAGAGGCGACAAGGUUGGACUCUAUGUCAAACGUGGUUGUUCUAAAGGAUUUAUUGAGAUUGAACUGUUCAGGAAUAAAGGUAAUUUAGUUAUUAGCAGAGAGAUCCACGUGGAGAACAAUCAGUCGCUGUGGAUGCUGAAUGGAAGACACUGCAACCAGAAAACAGUGGAGGAGGAAGUCAGAGCGCUUCAUAUCCAAGUCAGCAACCUCUGCCAGUUUCUGCCUCAGGAAAAAGUGGGAGAGUUUGCUAAGAUGUCCAAAAUUGAGUUGCUGGAGGCAACUGAGAAGUCAGUGGGACCACCAGAGAUGUAUGAGUACCAUUGUGAGCUCAAAAACUUCCGCAACAGAGAACGAGAACUGGAGAAUGUUGUGAAGGAGAAGACCAGCUUCCUGGAGAAGGCCAAGCAGAGGAAUGAGAGGAACAAACAUGAUGUGAACCGUUACUAUGAAAAGAAGAGGCAUCUAGACGUGAUUGAGUUGCUUGAGAAGAAGAAACCGUGGGUGGAGUAUGAGACCACUCGUAAGGAGCUUGAGGGCGUGAAGAAGGAACGAGAUGAGGCUAAAAAGCAGCUCUCCGCCCUGAAGCAAAUCCAGGCGCCCAUGUUGAGGAAGAUCCAGCUGAUUGACGAGCAACUGAAGCCCACGGAGACACAAAUAAAGGCUAAGACUGUUGCCAUCAAAGAAGCCUCUCUGAAGUGUAAGCAGAAACAAGACCAGCUGGAUCGAAAACACAAGGAGAUUGAAGAUAUUAAACAAACGCUGAGACUGAAGCAGAUGGAAGAGGAGGACCAUCAGAAGCGAAUCAGCAACACCAGGCGGACCAUCGAGGACUUAAAGGCAGAGCUUUCCAAAGUUGGCGACCAGCCAGACGUGACACCGCGGAUCAAUGCUGUCAAUGUCGAGCUGAGGCAAAUCCAGAUGGAGAGAGCCAAGAUCGAAGGAGAGAAGUCCGAUCUCUGCAGGGAGAGGGAGAACAUCCGCGCCGAGUCCAAAAUGUUGGAGAAAAAGCUCAAAGACAUGAACAACAUGAUGAACGCCAAAGAGGAGAAGCUGCGUGGACGCCACAGGGACACGUACGCUGCUCUCCAGUGGCUCAGACAGAACAGACAACACUUUGUCGGGAAUGUCUACGAGCCCAUGAUGCUGGUGAUCAACGUGCGAGAUCAUCGCUUUGCAAAGUAUGUGGAGACCCACAUCUCAUUCCACGACCUGCGAGCGUUUGUCUUCCAGAGGAAAGACGACAUGGAAAAGUUCAUGACUGAGGUCCGUGACAGGAUGAAUUUGAAGGUGAACUCCAUUUCUGCUCCGGAGGAGUCUUGUUCUAAGCGGGCACCAUCCAGAAAUAUAGAGUCCCUGAGGCGUUUUGGGUUCUUCACCUACCUUCGUGAGAUGUUUGACGCCCCUGAUGAGGUGAUGAGUUACCUCUGUCACCAGUACAGGGUGCAUGAUGUCCCUGUGGGCGGAGACCAAACUAAAGCCAUGAUAAGCACGGUGAUCGAGGAGCCCUACCUCAAAAUGUUAUACACCGCAGACGAGAGGUACACAUUGAAGAGGUCCUUGUACUCCAACAAGAUAAGCACCAGUAACUCCGCAGUGCACCCCUCCCAGUACCUCACCAUCACUGUGGAUGCUGAGGAGAAACGGCAGCUGGAGCAGCAGCUGAAGGCCUGUGAGUCAAGGUUACGAGACAUUGAUGAACGGAUGAAGGCCCUGCAGAAGGAAAACAUCGCACUGGAUCGCCGUGACAAUGAACUGUUGGCGGAGAAGAAGCAGCUCUCUGAACUUAAGGGGAAAAAGAGACAACUGGAACAGAAAAUUAGUACUAAACAGGACAGUCUGAGGCAGAUGGAGCAGAGUGUUAUUGACCUGCAGGAGAUUGAAAAUGAGACUAAAGUGAAAAUUGCGGCUGUCAAUUCCCAGAAGGUGGCCAUAGUUGCAGCAUUCAUGACCCAAAUGAAGCUGAGGGCCAAGCUGACUAUGGAGAAGGUGUAUCUGGCUUUGGAGACGGUGGCGCUGACAGCUGAGAAGACGAAGCUGGAGAAUGACUGCAGAGAAGGCGCCUCUGAACUGAAGACCACUGAUCAAAAACUUGGCCGUCUGGAGCACAGGAAGGUCCAGCUGACAGAACAAUGCAAAGGCCUGCUAAAGAGAGCCAAGACGAUCUGCAGGAUGCAACCCGAUGAGUCAUUACCAGAAGACCUGCGUAAUGCUUUCAGCAAGCUGCCUGACACGCUGGACGAGGUCGAUGCCAUGCUGAACGAGGAACGAUCCAGAGCUGAGUGCUUCACUGGCCUUAAUGAAAAUGUUGUUGAUGAGUACAACAGGAGGGAACAGGAGAUUAAACAUCUGGAGAAAGAGCUGGAAGAUAAGAGCAACGCCCUGAGCGCCUACCGACAGAACAUAUCAGAGGCUAAGGAGCGUUGGCUGAAACCGCUGAAGCAGCUGGUGGAACAGAUUAAUGACAAGUUCAGCGAUUUCUUUCGUUCCAUGCAGUGUGCAGGAGAGGUUGAUCUGCACUCAGAGAAUGAAGAGGAGUAUGACAAGUACGGGAUCCGAAUUCGGGUGAAGUUUCACAGCAGCACUCAGCUCCACGAGCUGACGCCCUACCAUCAGAGCGGUGGAGAGCGCAGCGUCUCCACGAUGCUCUACCUAAUGGCUCUGCAGGAGCUCAACCGCUGCCCCUUCAGAGUGGUGGAUGAGAUCAACCAGGGAAUGGAUCCUGUAAAUGAGAGGAGGGUCUUUGACAUUGUGGUCCGCACGGCCUGCAAAGAGACGACUUCCCAGUACUUCUUCAUAACACCCAAACUGCUGCAGAAUCUUCAGUACGCUGAGGAAAUGACUAUCCUUUGUGUCCACAACGGCGCCCACAUGCUUUCCCCCAACCAGUGGGACGAGAAGGCUUUCAUCAGACGGUGUCUACAAAGAAAGGCCAAGGCAUGAAUCUACCGGACCAGCAUGUACUGCUGGGGUUCAGUUGUGAGUUGAAAAUAUAGAUGUGUAUAAUAUUGAGAUAAAAUAUUCUAUGUGAACCUUUGAAAGAAAAGAUUUUAAUUUUAUUCUGUGGAUGCGUCUUUCACAUACCCAGCGUCUCUUGUUGAAGUUCUUUGUUACAAAACAGACAUUUGCACAUUUUUCUAUUGAUGCAGCGCUGUGUUAAUACUUUUGAUAAUAUAGAAAAUGUACAUCCGUUUCAUCCCUGCAGUACACAUUUUUAGAAAUUUGAAUAAAACUUUCUGCUGUUUCUGA